UGUGGACCAGGCUGGUCUCGAACUCACAAAGAUCCGCCUGCCUCUGCCUCCCGAGUGUUGGGAUUAAAGGCGUGCACCACCAUCGCCCGGCUAUCUGACGUCUUUAAAGUGAUCGAACUACUUACUAAAGAAGCCAGGAUUUGAACCGUGUCUACAGAACCACAGGGCCCUUAUUGAAACAUUUUUCGUAAAUUUUCCAGAGGUACAUAAAAGCAGAAAGUUGAGAUGGGAUAGCAACACGGGUUUGGAAAUAUUCCCAUAUAUCGUAGCACUAGAGAGCCCGCCCACGCGCCGGAAGUCGUGAGGCCAGGACUACAUAUCCCAUAUCCCAAAACUCUCUGCGGUGCUUCCGCUUUGGUGACGUCGUAAGGACGCUAGCGCGCGGGAUUUAAACUGCAGCGGUUUAGGCGGCGUUAUUACUGAGCUGUAUUAGCAGAGUGAUUAGUUUCCCAACUUCUUGCAUUUGUUUUACCUGCUGCUGUUCUCAAGUCCAUGGAGUCGCUUCACGCCCGAUUGUUUCCUGGUCUUUCCAUCAAGAUUCAACGGAGUAAUGGUGAGGACAGGGUCCUGAGGCCAAGGGGACGCAAGAGCGGCUUAAUUCACAGUGCCAAUAUAAGCACAGUGAACUUGGAGAAAUCCUGUGUUUCUGUGGAAUGGACAGAAGGAGGUAACACAAAGGGCAAAGAGAUUGAUAUUGAUGAUGUGGUUGCAAUAAACCCAGAACUCUUCCAGAUUCUUCCCUUACACCCGAAGGACAAUCUGCCACUGCAGGAAAAUGUAACAGUCCCGAAGCAAAAACGCAGAUCAGUCAACUCCAAAAUUCCAGCUCCAAAAGAAGGUCUUCGAAGCCGCUCUACUCGCCGCAUGUCCACUGUCCCCGAGGUUCGGAUUGCCACUCAGGAAAAUGAAAUGGAGGUGGAGCUGCCUGUGACUACAAACUCUCGCAGGCAGUUUUCAGUUGCCACUGGCCUCCCUAGGCCCUCCUGCCCUGCAGUGACAGAAUUACCAUUGUUGAUGGUCAGCGAGGAGGCCGAAGAGCAAGUCCACCCCACCCGAAGCACGUCUACUGCAAACCCUGGGAAUUCAGUUCGGAGGAAAUCAUGUAUUGUGAAGGAAAUGGAAAAGAUGAAGACCAAACGGGAAGAGAAGAGGGCCCAGAACUCGGAAAUAAGAAUAAAGCGAGCUCAGGAAUAUGACAGCAGCAUUCCAAACUGGGAAUUUGCCCGGAUGAUUAAAGAAUUCCGGGUUACUAUGGAAUGUCACCCACUCACUGUGACUGAUCCCAUCGAAGAGCACAGGAUCUGUGUCUGUGUUAGGAAGCGCCCGCUGAAUAAACAAGAACUGGCCAAGAAAGAGAUCGAUGUGAUUUCUGUUCCCAGCAAGUGUUUCCUCUUUGUGCACGAACCAAAAUUAAAAGUGGACUUGACAAAGUAUCUGGAGAACCAGGCCUUCUGCUUCGACUAUGCCUUUGAUGAAACAGCUUCUAAUGAAGUUGUCUACAGGUUCACUGCAAGGCCACUGGUACAGACGAUUUUUGAAGGGGGAAAAGCAACCUGCUUCGCCUAUGGGCAAACCGGCAGUGGGAAGACUCACACAAUGGGUGGAGACUUGUCUGGUAAAUCUCAGAAUGCAACCAAAGGGAUCUACGCAAUGGCUUCCCGGGAUGUCUUCCUUCUGAAGAGUCAGCCUCGAUACCGGAACUUGGGUCUGGAAGUUUAUGUGACGUUCUUCGAGAUCUACAAUGGGAAGGUGUUUGAUCUGCUCAACAAGAAGGCCAAGUUACGUGUCCUGGAAGACAGCAAGCAGCAGGUGCAGGUGGUGGGACUGCAGGAAUACCUGGUCAACUGUGCUGAUGAUGUCAUCAAGAUGAUCAACAUGGGCAGCGCCUGCAGGACUUCUGGACAGACAUUUGCCAACUCCAACUCCUCCCGCUCCCAUGCCUGCUUCCAGAUUCUUCUUCGAGCCAAAGGGAGACUACAUGGCAAAUUCUCUUUGGUGGAUCUGGCAGGGAAUGAACGAGGAGCUGACACUGCCAGCGCUGACCGGCAGACUCGCAUGGAGGGUGCAGAGAUUAACAAGUCUCUCCUAGCUCUGAAGGAGUGCAUCAGGGCACUGGGACAGAACAAGGCUCACACCCCGUUCCGUGAGAGCAAGCUGACACAGGUGCUGAGGGACUCCUUCAUUGGGGAGAACUCGCGGACCUGCAUGAUCGCCAUGAUCUCACCAGGCAUCAGCUCUUGUGAAUACACUUUAAACACGCUGAGAUACGCAGACAGAGUCAAGGAACUGAGCCCCCACAGUGGGCCCAGUGGAGAGCAGCCGGUUCAGAUGGAGACGGAAGAGAUGGAGGCCAGCUCUAACGGAACCGCGGAGGCAGUCAAUUUCUUCAAGGAAGAGGAGGAACUGUCUUCCCAGAUGUCCAGCUUUAAUGAAGCCAUGACUCAGAUCAGGGAGCUGGAAGAGAGGGCCAUGGAGGAGCUCAGGGAGAUCAUACAGCAAGGACCAAGCUGGCUUGAGCUCUCAGAGAUGACCGAUGAGCCAGACUAUGACCUGGAGACCUUUGUGAACAAAGCAGAAUCUGCCCUGGCGCAGCAGACCAAGCACUUCUCAGCCCUGCGAGAAGUCAUCAAGUCCCUGCGCCUGGCCAUGCAGCUGGAAGAGCAGGCUAGCAAACAAAUAAACAGCAAGAAAUGGCACCAGUGAUGACCACAAAUAAAGAUCCGUUUGCUCUCACAGCAGCCUCUUCCCCUCCCAGCAAACCUGGGGACCUUCUAACUUUGGUUAGGAACUAAGUUGGAUGGGUUGUGGGAAACACCGGGUAAGGGGCCUUAGGCCCAGGAAAGCUAGAGGAGGGACGCUCUUCUCCUCCUCAGUUUGAGCGGGAAGGAGCUUUUCAUGACUGUUCUCCCCGUCUUCCUCCCUGCUGGGCUGGUUUCCCUGGUGCAGCAUCCUGGCCUCCUGAACAGCCAGGCUUCGGGAGAAAAACCUGUCCUUGUCCGGCGUCGGCUGCCUCUGACCUGAGCACUCUCAUGUUUUAUGCUUUCAGAAAAAAACGUUUUGAGACCUCUUUGUUUUGGUUUUUUAAUCUAAGAAAAUCUCUGUUUUCUGUUUUAUGUAUUUUUAUUUGUACUUAAUAAUAAUAAAAAUGUCAGACUCUGAUUGUCAGAGACUGCAGUCUCUGGAGCCUUUAGGACCAAGGACACUGCCACCACCUUGGGCUCUGAGUCUCUUUUCUUCCUAGGAAACCAAGUCCACAGUUUCAGCAAGAGGCUGAAGUUCCAGCCGUUGGUUUGCAUUGCACUCUCUCUACAGCCCUAGCUACAAAGCCCAAAGCUGUGGGGAUUGAACCUGUUAGGUGAACUCUCCAGUACAGCUGUAGCCCUGCUGUUUAGUUUUGUUUUGUUUUGAAACAGCGAGAAAGAUGAUUUAUUGCACACGAGUUACACUUGGCCACAAGUGAGGACAGAAGUGUUUGUGCAGAAGGCCACAGGUCCAGGGCAGAGGCCAGUGGACUGUACUGGUUGUAAUGAAGAUGUCAGGUCUCUCUGUGUCUGUGAGCAGAUGGUGAUGUCCCAGGUCCACUGAGACUUAUAACUGACAGCAGCACACGGGCCAACAACGUGGACCAGCGCCCUGCCCUUCAGUAUCCCUCACUUCUGCUCCUGCAGCCUUUGUGGGUGCUCCUCGGCCUCACCUGUCUCCUACACCUGAGCCUGUGCAUUCGCCUCUUCCUCCACUUUGUUUUCAUGGCGGGGGUUUCGAGGAAGAUGGGCCAAGAGACUCUUCAUUCAUUAUUUUUGUUGUUGUUGUUGUUGAUAGAGAUUGGAUGUAGAAAUUUAUUUUUUUUUUUUGGUGUUUGAAAGCACGGUUUCUCUGUGUUUUACUGGCUGUCCUGGAAUUAGCGCCAACAGGCUGGCCUUGAACUCUGAGAUCCACCCACCUCUGCCUCCUUAGUGCCGGACUAAAGGUGUUUUCCACCACUGCCCAACUGAAUGUAAACUUUACACAUGCUCAGUACUUGCUUCAUCCGUUAUUAAAUGCUU